AUGCUGGCUAAAACUCUGCGGCCAUUAUGCGGAACGUCAGGACUCAAGGCCCCGAGCCUCGCCGCUCGUGCCAAUGACUGUACUAUCGCCAUUCCUGUCCCUCGACACCAUGCGCGCCUCAAAUCCUCCUCUUCGGAGUCUCGUGAGAAGCGGGAAUCCACCGAAAGCGCUGAGCCGAAACAAGAUACGGAGGUCGAGAUGACACCAGCCCAAAUGAAAAUCUUCGAAUACUUCCGCCACUUGACGGCGGACGCACAGGAACGUGAAAUAGAAAAUGUCGCGCCGCCGAUAUCUUUCGCCCGGUUUCGUGGGGGCACGGGAGAUGGAGGGAAGGUCAGCCAUCGACGGCGUCCAUGGCAGCUCCGCCGUGCGCUGGAUGCGGCGGGACCACCGGUGCCCAGGCCGGAUUGUCGCUUCGGCAUCACUGUGACAGAGGAUGUGACGGAGGACGUGAAAGAGGACGUUGUUGGAAAGUCCAUUGAUAAUCUUGAGCGGAUAUCGGCCAAACCACCUAACAGGACCAAACUGGAGCGGAAGAUCCGUGCCUCAAACCCUGCUUUGCCAAAAUCGCCAGUGCCGAGGCCGAUUAUCCCUACAGAAAAAUGUGACGCCGCGCAAGCCCGAGCUACUGGACGAUACCAGGUUCUCGCAGCGGACGGGCCGCGGCUGCCCGUGGUACUAGUCAAUAAACGCGGAAGCUCUAAGGACGGCGAUUAA